CGCGCAAAUGUGGUAAACAUUCAUUUUAGUUUUUUUUUCUUGCAAUUCUUUUAGUAGGUUAUUAAGAGACAUUAGAAGUACAUAUUAAAAUUUAAGCCGGAUUCAAAAUGUCCGUGUUACUGGCGGAUAUUGAUGCCACCUGCGCUGCUCUCGGCUAUAGCGAUGGCCAACGUUAUCAAGCUGAACCUGAUGCCGUUGAAGGAUUGAAGCAUUUGAUAUGGAUUCUACGACGUGAUCUGGAUAACCAUGAGUAUCGCCGACACUUGGGACGUUCCAAGGUUCUGCAAACGGAUUUGAUCUACAUGCUCGCAGAUUACGCCCAACACGAAGAGUUGUCCGACCUUUUGAUACGUCUAUUGGUCAUUUUGACCAAUCCAACGCUAUUGCUAUACCGCGAAGGGCCUCCCAAUGACAAUCAUGGGCGCAAGGUGUUUAUGGAGCUUAUCGAUAUACUACAGGGUUACAAGGCGGCUUUUGCCAGGGACAAAAUCUGGACGGCCUUGUUUGAAAAACUCAAGCAGGCCUUGGAAGUUUCCUUUGCUGUACGCAGUGAAGAGCAAAAUUUACUGAUUGAACGGCUUUUGGUUUUGGUUCGUAAUGUUUUGCAAGUGCCAGCCAAUCCCGAAGCUGAAUGUCGGGCAGACAAUGAUGCCAGUCUCCAUGAUCAGGUUAUAUGGGCUCUACAUCAAACUGGAAUGCUGGAUUUGGUGCUCUUUGUCAUAUCUUCACCGGAUGAAUCUCAAUUCCAUUUGCAUGGCCUGGAGAUAAUUUGUUUGCUAUAUCGGGAGCAGAGUGCCGAAUCCCUGGCUGAUGCCUCUAUGCAACGCAGUGUGAGUGAAAAGCAAAGGGAUCAGCAAGAACUCUUAGCUGCUCGUCGUCGAGAGCGGUCGAAACGUCAGGCACGUCCGCCGCCUGGGCGACAUUCCCGUUUUGGUGGCACUUAUGUGAUACGCAAUAUGAAAUCUGUUUCCGAUCGUGAUGUCAUUUGCCAUCAACCUCUCGAACGUGUCUCUGCAAUUGAUUUCGAUCGCGAGAAGCAGCAACAAAAACGCUCACAUCGCCACAUCAAAGAGGAGGCUCAGGUGACGCGAAGAAGCGCAUUCACUGUGAGAUUGUGCUUGCGCGAGUAUUGCAUCGAAGUGCUGCGCUCCGCUUACAACACAUUGGUAAGACAGGUGCGUCGUGUGCUGGAACGUAACGCUGGCUCGACAAGUCAUGAUGACUCCUAUCUAUUGUGGGCCAUACGAUUUUUCAUGGAGUUCAAUCGUUUGAGUGGUCUACAAUUGCAACUAGUCAGUGAAUCGUUGAGCGUGCAAUGCUUCCACUGGGUAUUAACGCGCAUGCAACAUGACAUGGACAUGAUUGUGACCGACAAGAAGCAGGCGCGUCUUUGGGCCAAACGACUGCAUGUGGCCCUUUUGACAUUCCGGGAAUUGCUGCAAAGCCUGCUGGGACUGCAAAAGCUUAAGGAUGACAAUAAUGCUCGAGCCCUUUUUGAUAUGUUAUUAAACAAUGUGUGCUAUGUGCUGGAGUAUCGGGAGACAAUAUUGCAUUUGCUAAUGAACUACAAUGAGGCGCACAGCACAAAAGUCUUUCUACGCGAUGUGGUUGAAACGGCCAAUGUUUUCAUUAAAAUGAUGGAGCGCUUUUGCCAGGAUUCGGUCCUUGUUCAGGAAAAGAGAAGAGGUGGCGGCAAACGGGCUGGCAAUGGCAAGAAGAAACAGCAAGCAGCCAAGUCCAAUAAACGGUCGACAGUGCAGCCAACAGAGGAAGAAUUGUCUAACAAAUGGGCUGAGCUGGCUACGGAAGUUUGCGCAUUGCUAUCCACUGACCUGGAGUUGCCAGAGCAUGAGCAGCCCAUACCAUUCGAUGCCGCUGCCGAGAAGUCCAUCGAUGAUCAGCGAGAAGAUUGCAUGAUUCGCAUAAAUAAAUUGCUCCGCAUGGAGAAACUGGAAGAGGCUAUUGCCUUACUUCGUGCUGCCAGGGAGGUCUGGCCGGAGAACGACGUGUUCGGUGCAAUUUCCGCUGCACCGGAAGAUGAGCUGCUGUUGUUGCGUGAGAUUUUCAUGCACAAUAUUACAACAGUUGAGACACAAGAGCAAGAGGACAACGAGGCGGAGAACGAGGAUGGUGAUGAUGAUGAUGAGAUGGAAAAUGAGGAAUUUGGCGAAACGCAGGAUAAUGGAAUGACCGAGAAAACGUUCAAAUUUGAUGAUUUCGCUCGCAGAUUGUUGCAUCCGAAAAUUGUGCGUGCCUGCACAGUGGUUCUAACCGAUUGGACACAAAUACCCACAAAGGCUCUGAAGGCUGCCGUAACUAUAUUGCAUCGCAUUGCCUAUGGAUGCUCGUGCCCAGGGAUGCUCUAUCAGGCAAAGCUGUUUCGCAUCUUUCAACAAGUCUUCAGCGUGGAACGUGACGCCCAUCAGGAAGAGCUACGACGUCUGGCCAUCUAUGUUGUGCGCAAAUUUGUCGAGGUGGCACCGACUAAUCCCAAAAUCUAUGCAGAGUUAUUAUUUUACAAAAGCAUCAGGGAGGCAAAUGAGCUAGAGACAGGCUAUUGUGAUGCCUAUGAAGCCGGCACCAAGGGCACGUGGACCGAGGCACAGGAAACAGAACUGCGUUUUCUGUUCGAAGAGAAUCAACGAAAUCCUGAAACAGAUAAGGAUGUGAUUGAUUGGAUUCUGGACAACUUGGUCGACAAGACACGCACGCGACGAGGUGUCCUGAAGAAGCUUAAAGAUUUGGGCCUGCAAUUUAAGGGUCCCACGAAACGGUCAACAAAAGCCACCAUGGCUGGCAAAAAUCUUUGGCAACCGGAAGAGGAUGAAGAGCUAACCAGCUUAUAUGAGCAGCAUCGCACGCAGGAGGAUUGCCUUCAGCGACUGAUCCAUGAGUUUGAAGAUCGUCGCACUAAACAGGAGAUUAUCAAGCGAAUGCUUCAGCUCCAUUUGAUAGCAGACAAAUCGGAGAUUAUGCCUGCAAAGGGGCGAGGCAAGGCUAAAUCAAAGAAACAAAAGCAGCAGGCAAAUAACGAAAGCGAAAGCGACGAUGACAACGAGGACAUGGAGGAGCCAAUGUUUUCAAAUGCUGGAAGCAGAAAACCCGUCAAAGCCAAGCCAAAGUCACGUAAGGUGAUACGUACACCGCUGGAUGCGGGCACAGUUAGAGCUCUAAUCGGCCAGGUAGAUGAGGAGAAGUAUCAGACGGCAAUUGAAUGGCUGAAAGAAUGUCUGGACGAUGUUAGCGAGGACACAGAUGAGCCUGCCGAGGAUGAUGAUGGAGUGCCGUUGCUGCCCCUGCUUGAGGCUCAAAAAGAGGCCAUGGAUGAUGGCAAUUUUCAGAAGGUCCUUGUUGCUCUUGGCAUGCAGCCGCCCAUUGUGGGCAUGGAGAACUAUUGGCGUAUCCCCACCUAUUUAAAUGCAGCUGAUCUGAAGUUGAGAGCACAAAUUCUGGCUGGCGAGGAGAUAGAAAUAACGGAAACGGAGACACACGAUGAUGUCGAAGAGGAGGAGGUGGAGGAGGGAGAAGAAGAGGACUAUCUGGAUAAGCGGAGCAGACAACGGCAGCAGGCCGAGGCUGACAAUAUUGCAGCUCAACAGCAACGUAAAUUGGAUAGUCUGAUGUUUAGCAAAAGCGACGAUGAAAUAGAGCAACGAGCUCCACCCAAAGGCGUCGGCAAGCCUAAGCGACAGCGCAAGAACAAAGCCAAGAAAUCAAUUUCACCGGAGGAUGAGCAGGAAGUCGAUGAAAUUGCCCGCAAAUUGGCACGCAAAAGACAGCCCGAUGUGUCCAGUGAGGAUGAGGAUGAGAAUGAGAAUGAUACAGACAAGAAGAAGAACCAGCCAACAAAACCCAACACGGAUGAUUUAUUUGAACAAUUGAAAGCCAAACGCGCCACUAAAAUGAAGCUGACCGAUAUGGUUCUAAAUGAGUCAACAAAGGCAACCAUUCAAAAUCAGAAGGAGGAGGAGGAAGCGGAGGAGGAGCCAGAGCAGGAUGAUGCAUUUAACUUUAACUCGGAGGACUACCGUGCACGACUUCUAGAACUCGAAGAGGAAGAAGAGCAACAGGAACAUAACAAGGAGAACAACACCAUCAAGUCCUCAGCCAAGUCCUUGCAGCGCACACGUCGCGUUAAUGUAAUUGACUCGGAUAGCGACAACGAUGAUGGUGAUGAUGAUGCUGCUGGUGGCGCCCAGCCCAGCCCCGUUGACAAGGCAAACAAACGCCCACGCAGUGACAACGACCAGACAGAUGACAAAGAGGACAGCAGCGAGGAUGCAAACUUUUUGGCUCGCAAAAAGCCAGCCAAGGUAAAUGCCGCCAAUGGUGAGCCGCCUAAACGGCGUCGUGUGGCCGUCAUCGAUGAUGAUGAUGAUGAUAAUGAUUUUUAAUGGCUGUCUUGUAACAUUUGAUUUUAUACAAAUUACUAAUUAAAUAAAUGGAAAUUUUGUCUCAAUA